AGGAAUACAAAACUAACACGGAUAAGACUACUUAUCCCUAAUAUCUGCCUCUUUGUCUUUGGGAAGUUCUGGAUAUUAGAACUCAAUACUCGCUACCCAUAAGAGAAGAAGAUGGCCAGAUGAUGAGAUAAAAAGACUCGCUCAGAAAUGCCCUAUAUAUAGCAAUAGAAAAGGGGAAGAAUGAAGAGCUAGUUCGAAUUCUAACUUAGAAAGAAAAGAAAUAAUGAAUCCUAGGAAGCAUGUUGUUCCUUAUUUGUGAUCAUGCCCGCCUGCGACCCACGUUUGACGGGCUAUGGGUUGCCUUGCCUGCCACCCGUUGAUGGGUCUCAAUGUCCGGGCAAAAUAGGCCCAUGGCAGACGGGCUUCAGGCGAAUAAAGUUAAUAAAACUGAACAGUGAGAUGACUCAUAAUUAAAGUAUGUGACAGGGCGGGAGACGUCGCGCGCUUUUCCAGCAGGGGGAAUCCUUGCUAGGUUUGAUGGUGCUUGGCGAAAGGACCACGGUGGUGCUAUUGGCUUCGCAGGGUUCUCGGUGGACGGUGACUUAGUGUUUUGCUUUUGGGAAAUACUAUCUAUCCGGGCUUGACAGAUCUGUUUCUUAUGAAAUUGAUAGCUCUGUGGGAUGCAAUGAGGUGGUGUCUUUCCUUGUUAUCAAUUUGAUGUGGGGAUUGUCAAUCACUGGUCCGGCGCGUUCGGGAAACGAGAGGUGCAGCACCGGAUGGGCGUAGUAAAUAAUGGAAGAGAUUCGGUUGAUGCGGUUUUCAUUUAGUUCUUUUGAUUGUACUUUUACCCUUCACAUGUACAAUCAGGCUGCCCAUUUAACACAAAAGGCUCAUUCAUCGACAGUUCGACUAGUUGUCGACUGUUGUGUUUAUUUCAUAGAAUGAGUGACAUAGAAGUGUAAUUAAGGAAAUAGGAAUGACCGAUCCCAUGCUUAUCCCAACCGCUAGCCAGCACCUCUUCCGCGGAAUGUAAAAGUGCAACAGUGAUAAUGAAAGGAGAAAACAAUGGUGGGACCUUUUCUACAAAUGGCAAAAAAGCAAUGAAAGAGAGAAAGCAAGGGUUACGUGGCCCCUUCCUCUCCCACCUCUCCGUUCCAUUUUGUUGAAUCACCACCUCCGUCCACCGCUUCCUCCCCAACCCCAAUUUAUAUCUCUCUUUCUCUGCCCAAACAACGAUCACUGCGUAUCCCCCAAAAUUUCCUCUGACAGCACCAAAUCCGGCACAAAUGGUGGUUUCUCAAGGAUCCGAACCCACCAGCGGCGUCGUCUCUCCCUGCCUCUUCCCGUCGUCCCCCGAUGCAGGGGAGGAAGUGGAGUUGGUGAGCUUGGUGGUUGAAGCAGAGAAGAGCACCGAGGCUGCGGCGGCGGCGGCAGCGUCGGUGAAAGAAGAGGAUCAGGAAGACGAGGAUGAUGACGAUGGUGAUGGGGUGCUUAGCUACUUGAAAGGAUUCGGCGGCGGUGGUGAAGAAGUUCCGAACAACAGCAGCGGCGACAGCGGCGGGUCGUCUUCCUCAGCGACGUCGUCGUCUACGGCGGUUGUGCCGAAACCGAUGGAGGGAUUGAACGAUUCCGGCCCGCCCCCUUUCCUGAAGAAGACGUUCGAGAUGGUGGACGAUCGGAACACGGAUCCCAUCGUCUCGUGGAGCAAGAACAGGGAUAGCUUCGUGGUUUGGGAUUCUCACGAGUUUGCUAAGCAUCUCUUGCCCAAGUAUUUUAAGCACAGUAAUUUCUCCAGCUUCAUUCGCCAGCUCAACACUUAUGGGUUCCGGAAGAUUGAUCCGGACAGAUGGGAGUUCGCCAAUGAAGGAUUCCAAGGAGGGAAGAGGCAUUUGCUCAAGAACAUCAAGAGAAGAAGCAGGUAUAACAAACAGCAGCAACAACAACAACAACAACUACCAGGGGGAAUGCUCGUCAAUGGCGGUGAUUUAGCGAAACCCAAGUUGGAGAUCGAGUUCGAGAGCUUGAAGAACGACCAGGACCUGCUGAAACUGGAAAUCCUGAAGCUGAGGCAGGAACAGGAGGAUUCCAACAGCCAGAUGGUCGCAGUAGAGGAGAGGAUCCGGGCGGCAGAGUGCAAGCAACUCCAGAUGUUCAUGUUCUUCGCCAAAGCAACCAGAAACCCAGGCUUCAUCCAGCGGCUAAUCCAGAAGAGGAAAUCUCAGCAGCAGUUGGGUUACAGCGGUGAAAUGGCAGGGAAGAAGAGGAAACUGCUGCCAACUCCUCCCCGCCAUCAAGCUGCAGAGACGUCGUCGGUUCACGAUGACAUCAACUGCAGGAACCUGGCGCGGCACCACUUGGCCACGAUGCAGACCGAGCUCGAUCAGGUACUGCCGGCUGAUCACGACGGCGGCGAGGCUGGAACUGGGUUGUCGUCUUCGGUCUCGAAGCUGUUCUCGGCUGCUGCUCCGGUGCCAAGUGGCGAAUUCGGCAGCCCAAUUGAUGAUGCUGAUCAGAAGAAAGAUGAUCAGGAUAACCCUGACGAUAUCUCCUCGGUUUAUGAUCUGAUGUCUUUGGAUGACGAAGACCCGGCUGUGGACUACACACCGGUCGACGAUGAAGAUCUGGACAUGAAUGACUCCAAAUUCUACUUGGAGUUGGAGGAUUUGCUCGGCAGCAGCAGAGUUGGAUUGGCUGUGUGAAGCUGGGAUUAUGCUUUAGCCUCUAGCAACGAAAAACCUGCCACUUUUGUUUGGAACUUGUGCUGUAUAAUAAUAACCGGUAUACAAUGUACAUACCAGCAGAAAACUUAGGUUUUGAUCUAUUGCUUUAGUGUAGUAGAUUGUUGUUUUUGUUUUUUUGUUUCCUCUUUGGUUUCUCCCUUACUGGUAUAAGGUUUCCAACUUAAGAAUCCACUUUAGAACACUACUAUGAAUAGAUUUAUUUCUUAUGU